AUGGGAAAGGGCGGGAUGAGGGUUCUGGAGGAUGAAAAGGUGCUCCUGGCGGAACUGGGCAAAUUAUUUCACAUGGCGCGGGCAAACGCGCGAGAGCAGCGAAACACGCACCGCGCGGAGGGGAGGAGACGAAAGGCCACCGUUACCACCACGACCCCAACAACAACGAGAAGGACAAAGACGACGGGUGCGAAGAAAGACCUCAAGGAGGGACGGCCGCCCAGGACGGGCUCCAAAAGGUCUCGGAAGACCAGCACCCGUGGCGGGUCCGUGUGGGUGGUGCUGAAGGGCGGAUUCGCACAUGUGCCGACGUCAGAAAAGACGAAUACGAUUGCGCAUAACACGGUGUUUCGUGGACGUCUUUCAGAACGUCGUCGUGUGCAGGCACUGGAGGAGGCAGAGCGGUACAUACAAACGGCGUGGCAGCAGGCGCAGGAGGCGGGCCUUUUGCUUGACGAUGGCAGUGGACCCAACGGGGACGAGGGCCUUCAGUACCUUUGCGAACAGUACGAAGUUGCGGCUGGAAUGCUUCGCCGUGAGCCGGUUGGGGCUUUUUUGAAACAAAUUGUGGAUCAAACCAUUCCUAGUGGCGCCCCAAUGUCUUUGACUGCCCCAGCACCAACGUUCUCCUCCGUGGAUAACGCGGCGACAUCAACACAACUCUCACGGGAUGAGUGGGCGGAAGUGAUUGCACGAGAAAAUGUUAUUUUGAAGCGCUUUGCCCCGCGGGCAAGCAAAGAAGAAGAAGAAAAAGAAGAAGCGGAGGGUCAUGGUGAGUCGGUGCUUCAUGAGGCGGACCAGGUGCCGUCGCUUUACUACUUCCCCAUUGCUGAACCCCUCGCAUCACUUGAGGCGGCAUCCGCAGUGACGGGGAUGGGUUUUCGCGAAACCAGUGGCGAUGCACGCGGUGGGGAGCAGGCAAGGGAUGUGCUACCCACCAAGUGCAUUGUUCGCAUUCGAGGAAGUGGUAGACAGAAGCAUACGGCUAUUCUCACCUCCACAAAGUCUGUGAAUUACUUUAAAUCCAACUUUAUGCAGGUCAUUCGAAGGGAGCUUAGCGGCUCUAAACUUCCCCGCGGGGAAGACGCUGUGGAGGGCAAGCAACAACACCAGCCGGUGAGCAACAGCGCGGGUGCAGAGCAUGCCGCCGCUGGCUCGUCGAAGAGGAAUUCUAAAAGGCGACAUAAAUAA